AUGGUUCAUAUAUCUGUUGGUUCGGCCAGCUUUGGGACUCGCGCAAUUCAUAUUGGUGCCGAACCAAACGCUGAGACAGGUGCUGUGAUUGAACCUAUUUCUUUAAGUACGACUUAUAAACAAGAAGGCGUUGGCUUGAACAAGGGAUAUGAGUAUUCUCGGUGUGGAAACCCCAAUCGAGUUCAACUCGAGCUCUUAUUGGCUUCGCUGGAGGCGGGUGGGGGCAAUGCUGUGACGUUUGCCUCUGGAACUGCAACUACGACUACUGUUCUGCAAGCCCUGGGAUCCAAUGCCCAUAUCGUCAGUAUGCAUGAUGUAUAUGGUGGAACCUAUACUUGUAUGACUCGAGUAGCCAAAGAUGUUCAGGGAUUGGAGACCACUUUUGUUGAUCUAGACAGCUGUUCCGACGAUCAAAUAACAGCCAGCUUCCGAGACAAUACUAAAUUAAUAUGGAUUGAGUCACCAACCAACCCGACCCUGCGUAUUGUCGAUAUUCACAGAAUUGUGCAGCUCGCUCGGAAGCACCCAUCCAAUCCCCUAGUAUUGGUCGACAAUACCUUUUUAUCCCCCUUCUAUUCUUCUCCACUCCUUCUUGGAGCCGACGCUGUCGUACACAGCUUGACCAAGUACAUCAAUGGUCACUCCGACGUACUGAUGGGCGCCCUUAUUGUUCCAUCAGCCUCCGACCAUCCGCGUGCAGCCGCAUUUGCUGAAAGAGUUAGAUUUCUUCAGAAUGCAGGGGGGGCCGUUCCAAGCCCACAUGACUGCUGGUUGGCCCAUCGUGGAGCCAAGACACUGCAUCUUCGCAUGCAAGCCCAUGGUCGCAACGCGCUCCGGGUAGCUUCGUACUUACAGCAAAUUUCUGGACCUGAAUCGUCUGUCGAAAGCGUAAUUUACCCCGGACUCGCAAUCCAUCCUCGUCAUCAACUUGCUGUUAAGCAAUUAUCUCCUCAUUCCAAGAGGUUCAUCGAUACCCUGCCAAAGGAAGAAACUGCCGCUGGUAUUCCGUUUGGGGGAAUGAUCAGUUUUAGAAUAAAAGGCGGACAGGAGACAGCUGAAGCGUUCCUAGCUAAUAGCCGCUAUUUCACGCUAGCUGUCAGUCUGGGGGGAGUCGAGAGUUUAGCCCAGAUCCCUGCUAGAAUGACCCACGGGUCCAUUCCAGAGACCGAGCGUAACGCAUUGGGCAUUACAUCCAAUCUCGUAAGGUUGAGUAUCGGUAUUGAAGACGCGGAUGAUCUCAUUGCCGAUAUACAACAAGCGCUUGCUACUACUUUACCUCACUUAGCUCAUAAGCUGACCGUUUGCGGCUCGGAUAAUUUUAGCGGACAGCCCGCUAUUUGA